GGCUUUGGAACUGCCACUGUGGGGGCAGAGGUUGCUUGCUUUUUGGAGCGAGACUGUAUUAGUGCUGCAUUGGAUGGUCAACAAGAAGGGCCUAGCACUAAUUAAUGCAUCUCCAAGCUUGCUUUUCAUUCACAGGAGAGGUGAGGUUUGCACUGAGGAGGAGCCGUGAAGAUAAGUUUUCAGCUACUUGUGCCACUGCAGUCUCUCUGAAGCUCCUGUAUAGCUCAGUGUCCUGAGUCUACCUCUUUUCUCCCAAGAUGCUGGGAAGAGUUCUGUGUACAAUGUUGUUCAUGGGAGCCUUGCCAUCACUGGCUGAUGCGUCCCAGGGCCACAUCUCAGUGGUCUUGCUGGGAGCCACGGGUGAUCUGGCCAAGAAGUAUUUGUGGCAGGGUCUAUUCCAACUCUACAUGGACCAAGUGAGCAGUGGCCACAGCUUCACUUUCCAUGGGGCUGCACUGACAGCUCUGGAGCCAGGGCAGAGGCUGAUGUUUGACGUGCUGAAAAAGCUGGCCUGUCCCCCGGAUGAAUCUCCCAACAGAUGUGCUGUGCUCAAGGACCAGUUCCUGAAGCUGAGCCAGUACCACCAACUGAAGACUGCUGAAAACUACACUGCGCUGAACAGAGAGAUUGAGAUGCUGCUUGGCCAAGAGGGGCUGAAGGAGGCUGGGAGGAUCUUUUAUUUCUCAGUACCACCAUUUGCCUACACAGAGAUUGCCCACCACAUCAACAGCAGCUGCAGACCCCCUCCAGGAGCCUGGUUGCGUGUGGUGCUGGAGAAACCUUUUGGCCAUGACCUGGAGUCAGCCCAGCAACUGGCUGCAGAGCUGACAAACUUCUUCAGGGAAGAGGAGAUGUACCGGGUGGACCACUACCUUGGCAAACAGGUUGUAGCCCAUAUCCUGCCUUUUCGAGACGAGAACCGGCAGUUUCUGGAUCCGAUUUGGAACCAACAUCAUGUGGAAAGAGUGGAGAUUGUCUUGAAAGAGACUGUGGAUGCUAAAGGUCGCACCAGCUUCUAUGAGCAGUAUGGAGUCAUCCGGGACGUGCUGCAGAACCACCUCACGGAGGCCCUGAUGUUCCUGACCAUGGAGCUUCCAGACAAUGUGAGCAGGGCUGAAGAGGUUUUGCAGUGCAAGCUGCAGGCCUUCCAGUCCUUGCGGCGCCUGGAGAAAAACAGUGCUGUGUUGGGUCAAUAUCAGGCAUAUGCCAGCCAGGUACAGGAGGAGCUGCAGAAGGCUCAAGACUACAUCAGUACAACACCAACCUUUGCAGCUGUCAUUUCAGGUGUGCUGAUUCACAGUGACAACCUGCGUUGGGAAGGAGUCCCUUUCCUCCUCACUUCUGGGAAAGCUCUGGAUGAACGCAUAGGUUAUGUUCGUGUUCUCUUCAAGAACCGAGCCUACUGCACUCAGAGUGAGACUCUGAGGGAUGCAGGGCACAGCCAAUGUAAAGCCAAGCAGAUCAUCUUCUACAUUGGGCACGGUGCACUCAACACCCCUGCGGUGCUUGUGAGCAGGAACCUUUUCAAGCCCAUCAUGCCGAAAGGCAGUUGGAGAGAAGCAAUGGAUCAGCCAGACCUGCAUGUUUUUGGACAACCAUUGUCUGAUUACUAUGUCUACACUCCUGUGAAAGAGAGAGAUGCAUAUUCUGUCCUCAUCUCCAACAUCUACCAUGGCAGGAAGGACUUCUUCAUUGCCACCGAGAGUCUGCUGGCCUCCUGGGGAUUCUGGACACCACUACUGGGUAGCAUUUCCCACCAGUCCUUGCGCCUCUACCCUGGGGGUGUGGAGAAUCAGCACCUCUUAGACUUUGAAAUGGUGAGUGGCGAAGUGGCAUUCACACUGGCAGUGCCAGUGGAACUGCUGAACCCCAACAGGCUGAUGCCAAGUGAUUACAGGAUGAUCCAGUCCAAAUUUCGGCAAAAUCCCCUGGUCUCGGCAUGGUCUGAGGAUCUGAUUUUCCAGCUGGCUACUGACAUCGAGAAGACAGCAAGCAGGACUGUGGCACACUCUGGACAGUUCCACCUGGCCCUCUCAGGUGGCUCAAGCCCCGUGGUCCUAUUCCAGCGGCUGGCAAGACACCAUUAUGCCUUCCCAUGGAGGCACACCCACAUCUGGCUGGUAGAUGAACGCUGUGUUCCUCUUACUGACACAGAGUCCAACUUCUUCAGCUUGCACAGCCACCUCCUCCAGAGUGUCAGAGUGCCCUACUUCAACAUCCACCCCAUGCCUGUGCACCUGAACCAGCGGCUCUGUGUGGAGGAGGACAGAGGCACAGAGCUGUAUGCCAAGGAGAUCAUGGCCCUGGUGGCCAAUGCCAGCUUUGACCUGGUGCUUCUGGGGGUGGGCACUGAUGGGCACACUGCUUCGCUCUUUCCCCGAUCUGAAAAUGGCUUGGAGGGGUCUCAGGCUGUGGUGCUGACUGAAAGCCCUGUCAAACCUCACCAACGGAUGAGCCUUAGCCUGCCCCUCAUCAACAAGGCCAGGCGGGUGUUUGUACUGGUUUUGGGGAAGGGCAAGCACGACAUCACCAUGCUGCUCAGCAGGGUGGGCCAUGAUCCAAGGAAAUGGCCUGUUUCAGGUGUCAGCCCCAGCUCUGGGCAGCUGGUGUGGUAUGUGGAUUAUGAAGCUCUGCUUGGUUGAUACCUUCACUGUGUUCCUCCUUUGUCUGCAUGGCCCUUACUGUCUGGAUUUGCCUACACAAUGUCCAUGUUUUUCUGUUGCCAGUGACAGCUUUCUCUCAUUUCCUUCUGGGAAAUCGAUGCUCUGCAGCGCCUCUGAUAUUUGGGCUCGGAAAGGAACUCGGCUCAAUGUUCAGAGCUAAGUAGAAGCCAAGAGACCAGUGCAGCAUUUCUGGCUCUGUAGGGACUCUGACUGUGACUUUGGACAAAUUACCUCACCUUGAAGUGCCUCAGUUUCCCCUGUCAGGCCUUUGUGGUUAUCAGCAUUUACCUACCUCGCAGGCACUAUGGGAGACUUGUUAAAUUAAGAACCUGUCAAAUUUUAUAUAUCUAUAUUUUUUAAUUCUCAGGCUAGAAGACAGUAAUAACACGUUCAUCCUCUGCCCUUCUCAGUCUGGCUGGGGCAGAGUUGUCAUCUUGGUAAAAUGUUGGUUCUGUGCACCAAGUCUGUACGUGCAGCCCAUCUUGGUGUCAGCCAGCUGGUGACUGUGGCUGUGCUCUCCUGGAAGCACUGACAGCCAUUUGCACUUGUGGCAUGUGGGCCCUAAAUGCUGACACUGAUUUGUGGGCUCACACUGAUUUGUGAGCUCACUGCUGUCCUGGCUCUUUGCAAAUUGCCCAGCAGCAGAGGCCGAGUUUAUAAGCCGUUAUUUGCUGCUUUCAUUAAGUGGAUACCUAAUACCAUGGGGAUGGAGAAGGAAGACAUAGCUUUUUAGGUUGUUGGAAUAACAGGGACAGAGUGAGGAACGUGGCAGUUUAGAGAGCUGUUAUUUGCCUGCAGUGCAAUAAUUAUUGAGGGGAAACCAUGGUGUUCAAGGGAGUUAUUUGGGUUCAGCUAGCAAUUUUUUUAACUGUCUUUCGCUGUCUUUGUCUUGUUCUUUGAAAUGAACUUUUCUGUCUUGCAAUGUUCAGUGGCUUAUAAGAUUUCUAUGGGAGGCAGCUUUAUAAACUACCAACAUAUCCAUCAUUACAGCACACUUUGAGGUAGCUGCAGUGUUUGCAGAUGGUGGUGGUGGGGUUUGAACUCAAGGACACGGACUUCAAAGGGGAGGGGAUUUUCGCUGUACCUAUCUCUUGGGUACACAGAACUAGCAAAUUACAUCUCUGUGUUGACAGGAGAAUGUUAAAUAGUUCUAGAAACGUAUAGCGCCAUUGCUCAUGGGAGGAGUUGGAAACAUCUAGUCCUACCUGGAGACCCCACUCUCCCCUUUCUAAUUUUCACCUCUCCAGAAUGCUGCCACACACAAUAGGUGUCUCUCUGCUUUCAUGAUGUCACCAAAUGCUCUGUGAUCUUUAUAGCACACCAGAGUGCAGCUUUUAGUAAGGAAAUAAAGACAGCACAGGAUGGGAGAAUCUGGACUAAUAGUCCAUGUAGAGGCUGGAGACAGACCCAUUCACUCAGGGUAGCACCAGGAUGGGACAGGCAAACUGCAAGAACCUGGAAUGUGGAUGUGGGACUGGCUGCGAACAGGGUGGAUUCUGCACAGGAUGGGAGGCCACUUUCGAAGGGAUUUCUCUCUUCUUCCUGUGAAUGCUGCCCCUGUUUCCACAGAGAAGUAGCUAUGUGUGGGUGACCGAAUGGAGAUGGUGAGAUCUGAGGUGACCCAGGGACUGAGGGCUCGGCAGGUGCCCUGACCCCAAGAAGCGGCAGUAAGUUGUGUGCUGUUCCUUCAGCAGGGCUGGUCUGAGGCGGUGCCAGGCUUGGCCACCCUUCACAGCCCCGGAGCCUCACAGUAGGAUCCUUAGGACUUGGACCUGGGAAUCUGCCAUGUAGGGAAGGAAGGACACUUGGCUUUAGAAAGCUGUGUGAUGGGCAUUGGCUUCAAAUCCUUCCCUGUUGAAUUCUAGUGAUGAAGAUGCAAAUCCACAUGAAAAUAGGUGCUGCAGUCUGAUAGCACAUGAAGCAAGGUGGGCAGCUGUUUACAUCCUGUGCUCCCACAUUUCCACGUUGUUGCCUUUCAGCAUAAUGCUUUCUAUAAUGCAGAAACUAGGAUUUUUGCCCUCUGCUAAUUGCACAGAUAAAAGUACACACUGCUUGAGAUAAAAGUACACAGAGCCUGUGGCUUGUCAGCGGUCUCUAGGCAGACAGCCAGGGAGAACAUAACCUGGCAGAAGGAAUGUACAGCAGGAAAAGGCCAGGUUCUCAGGGACUGGCAGACGCCUCCCCCACCUUGCGGAUGGUCCAGAGAAGCUGCAUUUUACAUCCUGUAUUUGACUACUGAGCCUUGUUGCACUGAUGUGCAUUGCCUUGCUUUUGGGUGGGGAAGGAGAAGAGUUGUGGCAGUGUAGCUUUCUCAAAAGCCAAAACACAGGAGAGGCACAAGUACCUUAACUGGUCUGGUUUGGCAGCUGGGAUGGCUGGUUAUCCAUCUUUUACAGGUGUUUGUAAGUUUGUUUGGUGGUUACAGGCAGACUUUACCAGCACAAACACCAAAGGGUGAAAAUAAAUCACAAGGGAAGAGAGUAGCAUAGAAGAGCAGGAGGAAGGGGAGCACUGCAGGUUGACUGCUGCAGGACUUGCUUUGUCAAGUGGAUUGGCCGACUGUGGAGUCUGGAAUAAGAGCAUACACCUAGGAGUUAACUGGAAUGACUCUCUUGGUAUAAGAGUGCUCCAAAUUACACCACAGUGUCUGAAACAGCUGUGCAGAGGAAGAUGUUUUAGAUCUGGUAUGUCCAUAAAUUCAAACAUUGUUUUUAAACAAAAAUAGCCAUAUUCACUUCAUUCCAAUUCUUUUGUAUUUGGUGUGAGAGAACAAGUUUUAAUGAAAAAUUGACUUAUGUGAGAGUAAGUAUAUUGUUAUGAAUGACGGAAUUCAUUACUGCUUUGCAGAUGACUGUGGUACUGGUGUUUGUUAUUUCUGCACACUUUCUUGUCAAUAUUUGCCUGGUACCUUUUGAAAUAAGCACUGAUUUUAGAGAGGCUUAUUUGCACUUCUAAAUAAGCAUGUGUUUUUUUUCACAGACAGCCACUGUGCUUUCCAGCUGAAAAUAAGGUUCAUUUGCAGAGUCUCUAACGGGUCACCCUAAUUCAUUCUGGAUUUUAUUAAAAGCCAGUAGAAGCUGAUACCGGUUUCCUCGGUGAACAUAGCUGUCUGGUUGUUUGGGUUUGUUUUUUCCUUUAGAACUGUCUUUUUACAGAGACCAUUCCUGUUUAACUCUUUAAUACUUAGCAUUUGCCAAAUUAAAACCAAAUACUUUUAAGCGUUUAAAGUUUGUGACUGUUGAGACAGAGACUGUGGGUGGGAAGAAGGGUUAAACGAGCAAUAAAUCUGAUGAGGAAGAAUGGUAGAAAUCCACUGGGCUGUAGGCCAAGGAAGCAGUGCUAUUUUUAUUUUGUCAAAGCUAUUAAUAGGAGCUGUGCACCUUCUUCAGAGCUUGUAUUAACCUUUCUUUGCAAAAGCAAUUCCAUGGAGUCACUCCUUAUAGUCUGUUUCUCCCCUAAGUGAUUAUUGAUACCAUUUUUUUUGUAAAUGGCAAAUGCAUUUCUAGAAUUCAGUGGUAUGAUUAUUUAUGUUUUACAGAAAACUAACACUGGAAGUAAUGAAUUUUUAACUUCAACUUUUAUAAAUCAAGUUGUAAAAUCUUUUUUCCCCCCGGUUUUGUGAUUCCUUUCAUGUUAUGUAAUGAAUAGAGAAUUAUACUUUUAAAACAAUAAAU